AUGUCAUCUAGGAUACAGGAUAAGGCAACGUUGAAAGUUGCCCUAUUUCCGUAUAUACCUGAUUCAGGUGAGGAUAACUAUAAAGGAUUACUUGCAUUUAUUACCAAGGAAUUUAAUCAAGUCUCUCCUGAUAUUGUUCUCGAGUUACGCCCAAUAAAUUUCGAUGAUAAUUUCUAUGAUCUGGAUACAUUAACUACAUGGCUCAUGAGUAAUGGCAGCGGAUAUGAUAUUGUUGAGAUCGACACAGUACUUCUAGGUGAUCUUGUUAAUGCUGGCGUCUUAGCUCCACAAAUUAUUAGUUCAACAAGCCAGGCAGAUUGGCAUGAUGCUGCUCGUAUGGCGGUACAAAUGAAUAAUGCAAUAUACGGUUUUCCACAUCUUCUAUGUUCAUUUCUCUUGUUUACCCGUGACGAACAAUUUACUGAUGUGCACAUCAUUGAUCAGCUCAUUUCUAUUCUUGGCAAUAUGUCUACAGAGAGCUAUCGCCUAGUAGGGAAUCUAGACUCAAGUUGGGAUUUACCAGCUCUAUGGAUGAAUAGUUAUCAAGGUAGUCACGACUCCGCAUCUGACGUAACAGCACAUGCUCUACAUGCUUCGAUGAAGAGUUCCUUUGAAAACAUGCACAAGUUUAUUGAGCUGUGUAAUCGAUCUUCGAAUGAAAAUCAUUGUCUCGAUGGCACAUUUAGAAAAUACUUGGACAUGCCAGCUAUUUUAUUUGCAGAAAAUCGAUCUCUAACAAUGUUUGGCUAUUCUGAAAGACUGUUUCAUGUUUUGAAACAUAGUAAAUCAGAAGACUACGAUAACAUAAAAAUAAUUCCAAUGCCAAUUGGUAGUUUACAGAAUACUGCUCUUUUUUUUACUGAUGCAUUUGUUUUUCGACAAAACAUGUCCGACGAUGUGUUAAAUGGUGCUCGUUUAUUUGUUGAAUUCAUGGCUACACCAAGAAUGCAAGCAUCUAUAGUAGCCAGUGCUGAUAAGCCUAAUAGUAUUCCGCGAUAUUUGAUGCCUAUAUCCAUGAAGGCGUAUGAUGAUCCACUGUUAGUCAAAGACACAUUCUAUCGUGAAUAUUUACGAAAUUUAACUGGCUUUUCUUAUCCAACGGUUGGAUUUCGAAAUGCACGUAAGCAAAUUCAAGAAGCCAUUUUAGACUACAUAGGAUAUGUGAAAAAUGAUACUAGUACCAGUAGCAGUAGCAUGUCAUUAUUGUACAUACAACUUGGAAAUAAUAUCUUGAUACAUACGCUUAAAUUAUUACCUAUACUGUAUAUUUUUUCAAUAUAUGCGUGACUUUUCGAUAUUUGAAAAAAAAUUUAAAAAGUUAGAAAUCGUAUUAAUUAUUUUGUAUACUGAUUACAUAUAUAUAAACAGAAACUGCACUCUAAAAAAAUUCGCAAAAAACUAAACUCUAUGAAAAGGGUUUAUUAAAUUUCUAAAUCCUCCCCCGUAUUUUGAUAAACUCUUUUAUCGUUUAUUAUCAAUUCCUAAACCUUUAAAAAAGGUUAAUUAUACGUUGCAUUUUUCUACACCUCUAAGAGUUUAUUAGAUCUCCUAAACCUUUUUUUCAUUCCUAAACCCUUAGGGGUUUAGGAAAGUACGACAUAUAAUAAAAAUCUUUUUAGGGGUUCAGGAACCCUCAUAAACCCUUAAAGGAUUUAGGAAAUUGAUAAUAAACGAUACAAGGGUUUAUCAAGGGUGUGGGUGUGGGUGGAUGUGGGUGUGAUGGUAUGUAGGUGGACGUAAGUUUGGGUAUGGAUCUGCUCUGUAUAUAAUCACGUCCUACUCGCACAGCUACGUUCAUAUGCCAUCCGAAGAAUGUAAAACUGAGUUUUUCCUGUCUAGGUAUACACAGUGUGAAUGUGUAUUCAGAUUCUCUAAGUUAGGCUUUUUCACAGAAACCAUAGACGACGUUCUAAAUUUCUAAUUAAUCUUUUCACUUGUUUUUGGUGUAUUCCAUAAGGUAAAUGUUUACAUUUAAAGUUUUUUUUAUUGUGUAAGUAAUAAAGUAAAGUGAAAUACGAUUUCUAACUUUUUAAAUUUUUUUUCAAAUAUCGAAAAGUCACGCAUAUAUUGAAAAAAUAUACAGUAUAGGG